UCCUCAAUCAAUUGCAACUACAAAGCGGGUUCCUCUGUCGGUGACUGUGAAUCAAUCAACAUUCAACAUUCAACAUUCAACAUUCAACAUUCAACCCAACCAUUGUUCUUCCAUCCAUCCCUUCUUCUUCUCCGAAGCAUCAAUUCAACGCUUCGCUAAUGGAUCACUCCCCUGAUGCUGUUCCUUCUCCCUCCGCCUCCGUCAGUUCCAAGAUCGGAAAGAAUAAAUUGACCAAGGAGGGUGAUCGAUCCACACCAAGUGCUCUUAACAAGCUCUCAUCACAAAUUAGAAAGCCUCCUCGUCGUAAAACUUCUCCUAUCAACUGGUUCCCUCGAACAAAAGUGGAUUCAUACUUGAAGAGGAAACUUAAAAUGCUUCAGGAAGUAGAUGGUAUGAAUUUGACACUUGAUCAGACUCUAGGCAGUUCAAACCCGCACUAUUCAAGAGUACUGAGAGAGAAAAUGGCAGUUAGAGAAGCGGCACACAAGGCAAUGGAGGCUCGAAGAGCUGCUAUGGUGGAAGCCUCUUGGUGUCGAAUUUUACGUGCUGCCAGGAUUCCUAGUGAUGAUGCAGAAGCUCAACUCUCAAAGGCAGAACAAAGUGCAAGUGAAGCUUUUGAAGCAGCCCAGGCUAUGGGCGUUAUCAUGUUUGACUUGCCAGAUUGCCCUAGGAAGCAUUGUCAAAUAGAGACAUCCUCUGUUCAUGGAGAAGGAUCAGCUACCCACACUUUUACUGCGUCUUUUGAGACUGCCUUUGAUGUAGACAAAGAAGUAGCUGCAGCUGUCAAAACUGCAUUUGUUAGGCUUGCAAACUGCCCUUUAUUCAGUAAAGGUGAAGUCAUAGAGCUGUUGAAAAAAAUUAGUGAAAACCCAGAUACAGAUGAGAGCUAUCAGGACUUGUAUGAAUUCUCUUCAGAGUGUGAAUCUGAAUCUGGGUCUGAGCUUGAUUCAGUCCCUCAAAAGAAUGACUUCAACUCCCAAGACUUGGAUUCCAAGAUGCCAUUUCCAGGGGUGAGUCAGAGGAAAAGCAUGAGGAGAGAGUCUCUAGACAAAAGAAUAAAACUAGUAGACAUGAUGAUUGAGAGGUUAAAAUGUUUGCAAGAAGAUGAACUUUCUUCUCUUGCCACUAUAGUUGCAACUUAUGGUUUAAAUGCUGCCUUGGCUGAAGUACAGAAUAUCAAGCAACACAAUCCAGGUUCUGCUACCGAGUAUAGCUCAUCUUCAGCAAUUAAUUUUCCAGCCAGAAGAAUGUCAUCAUUAGGAUUGGGAAAGAUGAGAAAGAAUCAAGUUGAGGCAGAAUUACCAAGCCUAGAUAAAUUUUUAGUCAAGCACAUGACAAAACUUGAAAAAGAGAUUUGGGAAGCCAAGAAGAACCAGAAGAAUGAGACAGAUUCAGGUAAAAAUAGCUCUUGUAAAUCUGUUGAUGGAACUCCAUCAGAGACCAUACCUGAUUUGGGAAGCAUUCUUCUAGUGAAGAAUUAUAGUAAAUUGGAGAAAGACAUCCAGGAAGCAAAAAUUAAGGCAGCAAAUGAAACACCAGCAGUACCAGGUGGCAUACCAAGCCGUCAAAAGGAUCACACAGAAGUGCCAAGCUUAGAUAAGGUCUUAGUGAAACAUGUCUCAAGACUAGAAAAGGAAGUCCAAGAAGCAAAAAGCAGAGCAAUCAAUGAGAACAGAAGUUUGAAGAAAAAAUUUUAUCCAGUGAAAAGAAAUUCAACUUUCUGUUCUGAUGAAACCUCGGAAAAGAAAGAAAACAUAGAUUUGAAUACUGGGAUUAAUCUGAGUUCUGAGAUAGAGGAAAACAAAGAUGGAUUGGGGAAGAUUCUGAUAAAGCCGGUGCAUAGAUUGGAAAGAGAAAAGAUGCAUGCCCUGUCACAGGGAAGCCAGGAUGAAAAUUACAGACCAAGAAAGAAUCAAGGAGCAUCCAACGUGCCAGAUGGUGAGAGCUUGGAUAAAAUUUUAGUUAAGCAUGUCUCUAGAUUGGAGAAGGAGAAACUGAAGAGCAAUCCAGGAGAAGAAUGGGGUGAAGUUAAGAGAAGUCACAGAAACAUCCAUACAAAUGAAGAAAGUGGUGGUCUGGACCAAGUUUUGGUUAAACAUAAAUCUAGACUUGAGAGAGAAGAGAUGGUUGCUGCUCAACAGCCAGAGAAGCCAGUCAGUUUUUCUGCGGCUCGUCGUGAAGCAAGGGAGAGAGAGUUGCAAGAAGCUUGGGGAGGAAUGAGCUUAGGAAACUCCUUUAAGCCACAUAUUUCUAAGCUUGAACGUGACAAGACUGCAUGGAUUAAAGCUGAAGAGGAGGAAAGGAAGCAAGCAAUGAAAGCAAUAUGAUUGUAAUUUUCAGUACAUUUUCUUUUUUCAUCUAUGUCGAUGAAAUUUUGCUUUGAUAUCAAUUACAUGUGUAAUAUCCGCUUCUUUUUUUGUACCUCAAUUCCUGGACUAAUUGCUUCAACCUUUCAGAAACAUAUUUGGUUUCUGAUUUGCAAUGGCAGGGCCAUCUAAAAGUCGUUUGUA